GGGGUGCUCACGGCCGGGCCUUUCCUUGGCAGGGACCUCCGGCUCCUGAACCCAGCCUUGCCAUGGACCCCGAGUGCUCCAAGCUCCUCCCCAUGCUCUGCCGCGUCCUGGCCGACCGCAGGCAGCCGCUGGCUGAGGACGACACGUGCCUGGAGAAGCUGCUGGACUGGUUUAAGGCGCUCACGGAGACUGAGUCCAGCCUGCAGCUGCUGAAGGAGCACCCGUGCCUGUUGGAGCUGCUGGCUCACGCGCUGGAAGCUCAGGACGUCAGCGCCAGGGUUCUGGCCUUCACCCUCCGCCUCACUGGGAUGUUCGCAGCCCAGGAAGACUGUUUCCAGUUCCUGCAGCAAGGGAACUUGCUACUGAAGCUGUUCGGCGAAGCGGGGCCCCUGGGCCAGGUCGUCUGGAUUGUGCCCGGCGUGCGCAGUGGCUGGGUGCAGGGCCUGCGCUCCCUGCUGUGCCACCCCAGCGCCCUGAACUUCCUGGCCGACUGCGGCGCCCUCGACACCGUCUUCUCCCUGCAGCGGGACCCCAGUCUGUUUGUGGCCUCGGCUGCCAGUCAGCUCCUGGCGCACAUCCUGACCCUGUCCAUGCAGGAUGCGGACAAGGGGCACCCUGACGCGCAGGGCAGCGCCUGUGCCCCCACCUGUGCCCAGGAGAUUGUCACCCACGUGGAGGCGUCUCUGUGCUCCGCGACCACCCCGCAGGCCACGCAGGCCCUGCACGUGCUGACGUCCACGAUCACGCACUGCCACGAACCCUGGACGGAGGACUUUUGGAGGCGUCUGAGCCCCACCGUGGGCCACCUCCUCGAGGGGGACCCCGUGCCGGCCGCACCCUCUGUGGUGGAGCUGCUGCUCAGCGUGGCCCGUUCCCCGGUGCUAAGCUGUGCUGCGUAUGGCCCAUGGGAGAUGCUGGCCCGGGCACUGGGCCGCCUGAAGCCCUCACAGGCCUUGCCGCUGGCCCUGGGAAUCCUGAAGCUACAGCGCUGUCCACAGAGCCUGAGGACACAGGCCUUCGGGGUCCUCCUGCAGCCUCUGGCCUGCGUUCUGAAGGCCACGGGGCAGGCCCCUGGAACCCUAGACAUGCUGGACAGAGCCUCAGAUGGCGCCAUGACGGUGGACAUGCUCCUGUCCUCCAAGUCGGCGUGCGCGGGGCUGCUGUGCCAGACCCUGGCACACCUGGAGGAGCUGCAGCUGCUGCCCCAGUGCCCUUGGCGCUGGCCGCAGGAGGCGCUGCAGAGUGCUGUGGUGACCAUACUGCACCUGUGCGGGGGUUCCACCUCCCUGACCUCGAGCGUGGGGCGCCAGCUCUGCAGGACCCUGGCGGGCUGUGCGCGAGUGCAGCGCGCCGCCCUCGACUUCCUGGGCACUCUGGCUCAUGGCACAGGCCCCCCGGAGUCCGAAGCCCUGACCCAAGUGUUUGCUGUCCUCCUGGAGUGCCUGGAAAGCCACGACUCCAGCCCCAUGGUCCUGAAGAAGGCCUUCCAGGCCACACUCAAGUGGUUCCAGGGAGCUCCCAAGAGCCCUGGUGGCUGUGAGCUGGGCCCCCGCACCCUGCUGUUUCUGAAAGAGCUGUUCCCUGCGCUGCGGAAGCGCCUGUGCAGCCCCUGCUGGGAGGUGAGGGACUCGGCCCUGGAGUUUCUGGUACAGCUGACCCGACUCUGGGCAGAGCAGGCCAAAUUCUGCGCCGUACUGCUGGCCUCCGAGGUGCCCCAGCUUACCCGGCAGCUGCUCCGAGACCCUGAGAGCUACGUGCGAGCCAGUGCAGUGACUGCCGUGGGGCAGCUGUCCAAGCACGGCCUGCUGCCCACCGGAGCCAGCCCAGAGCCGCCAGAGGCCCAGGAGGGCGUGCUGGACCAGCUCCUGCACAUACUGUCUACGGACUCGGAGGGCUUCCCACGCAGGGCUGUCAUGCAAGUCUUCACCGAGUGGCUGAGGGAUGGCCACGCUGGUAUGGCUUGGAACACAGAGCAGUUCAUGAUCGCCGUGUUCAAGGCGGUGAGCCGAGACCUGGACUGGGAGGUCCGGGUGCAGGGUCUGGAGCUGGCGCAAGUGUUUGUGGCUCAGACACUGGGCCAACCCGGCUCCUGCUGCCCGUACACGGUGGCCCUGCCCCAGGCGGUGCCCCCUGGCCCGUCGCCCACAGCCCUGCAGGUGCUGAGCCGGGUGCGGCUCCUGGACUUCGCCCUGAGUGCCUUGUUGGACUGCGACCGCCCUGUGGCACAGAAGGCCUGUGACCUCCUCCUGUUUCUCAGGGACAAGAGUGGCCCCUUAAGGGUGCCCGUGGGCAGUGCUGACCUGGCUUCCGCGGACGCAGCCCUAAGGAGGUGGCGGGAGGGCGAGCAGAGCCAGGUGCUGGGGGAUGUGGCACCCGCAGUGGUGCUGGCCGUCCUGGGCGCCGUGGACCUGCAGGGCUUCCAGAGCAGGCUGGCCAAGAGCAGUGACCACUUGGAGCGCAGCCCCCAGUCCCUCCUGCAGGACAUGCUGGCCACCGUGGACGUCCUGCGGGGGCAUGAGGCUGACUGCUACUGAGCCG